AUGAAUCAAUCUUUUGUACAUGUUUUAACCAGCAUGGUACCUAAAUGGUUAGAAGAAAUUCAAGUUAUUCGCGAUGAAAUAAUUUGUAUUGUACCAUCAUGGGCUUUACUGCCUUUUCUAACGUUUUUAAAAAACCACACAAAUACACAAUUUAAAAUGUUAAUUGAUAUUACUGCAGUGGAUUAUCCUUCACGCUCUUCUCGUUUUGAAGUUGUGUACCAACUUUUAAGUAUUCAUUAUAAUGCACGUAUUCGUGUAAAAACAAAUGUUGAUGAGCUUACUCCAAUAGAAUCAGUUUCUUCAUUGUUUCCAUCAGCAAAUUGGUUUGAACGUGAAACAUGGGAUAUGUUUGGUAUUUGUUUUUUAAAUCAUCCUGAUUUACGUCGUAUUUUAACUGAUUAUGGCUUUGAAGGUCACCCUUUAAGAAAAGAUUUUCCUGUAAGUGGGUAUGUAGAAUUUAGAUAUGAUGAUUCAAAAAAACGUGUUAUUUCAGAACCUGUGGAACUAGCACAAGAAUUUCGUUAUUUUGAUUUUGCGAGUCCUUGGGAAUUAAUUGAAAAAAAGUAA